AUGUUGCCCAGUACUGCUUACGCUGCUGCUGUAGCAUAUCUGGCCGUCUCGCUGCCAGGGUUGUCCACUGCUGUCGAUCCCGAUGGCAACGGAAAUUCUUCCCCGCUCACUAUUGAAAAUACAGUUGAAGAUGCAGUGCAGGAACAGAUCCUAGACGCGCCGCUCAAAGGAGCCUCUCCUUCAAUCCGCCGUGCGUUGGGAGUUGGACUCGUCGUAGCGCUCGCCACAACGUUGUUCCUACUCCUGAAGUGCAUUCAGCGGUUGACCUCCUCGCAGGAGGCUGGCGGAGCGACCAGACGUCGGCUUGCGGACAAAGACAAGGAGCAAGAUGAAUGCGACAAGCUGGAGGAGGCAAUAGGAGGCGGUGGCGAAGAGAGUGAGGAAGAUGAGGAAUUGGCUGCCAUCGGUGGUGCAGAAGGACAGGAAGAUGAUGACGCAACCCCUACCGAUGAACUCGGGCAACUCACUCUGGACCCUGAUAGAUACGGUGAUGACCCGCUCUCGAACAUGGACGAUGGUUUCCACAGGACCCCCACACCAGAUCCGUUUGACGAUGGUACUGUUCCCACCCCAAAUGCCGGCCAGCCACUGCCCGAGCCAGAACCCGCAGUCACCCUGACGAAGAAAGAAGCGGAGGAAAGAGCCGCCGAAAUGCAGGAGGUGACCGACUUGAUUGCCGCGGGUAUGGAAGGAGGGAGUAGCGAAGCCGCCGGAGGGCGAACCCUUCGCGGCCUGUUGAAUCAGGCAUACUAUUGCCGUCAGAAGAACAAAAAUGCAGAAUUCGGAGAAGAUGUUCCGCAGGAACUCAUUGACAGGCUCAAAGACCUUGUGAAGGAAAUGGAGAAGCUUCUCUAUGUGCACCGUGGAGUUGGCAGCAAGCCUGAUGGCGUAGAUCCUAAUCCCAUUGUUGAAUUUCUUAAAGAAAGUGAAUCGGAUCGUGCCGAUGCUGAGGGCCAAUAA